AUGCCUAUAUCGCAGUGCCCCGGUGACCCCGGGUCUCAGACUCAAACCUGGGACCCCGAUAAUUUAGUUCUCAUCUGGUCGGCUGGUCGCACACACCACGUUCGCCGCACCACACUUGCCAUGCCUUCCCGCCUUCUCCAGCAACUGCCGCCUCCGCCGCCUCCUCACCUCCCCUCCAAGAUCCACCGCCACCGCCUCCUCCUCCUCGCCUCCGCCGCCGCCGCCGCCACAGCCGUGCUGCUCUUCCUGCUCCUGCUCCUCGUCGCGCUCCACCUCCGGAGCCGCCGCCGCCGCCUUCUCCGAGGCCCCACGCUCCCGUUCUCGCCGCCGCCGGCUCCGGCGCGCCCGCUCCGCCGCUACUCCCGCCGCGCGCUCCGCCGUGCCACGGGCGGGUUCCACCCGUCCCGGCUCCUCGGCCGCGGCGCCGCCUCGCCGGUGUACCUCGCCACGUUCCCCGAUGGGUCGCUGGCUGCUGUGAAGACGUGCUCGUCGCCGCACGAGCUGCACCUCCUCGCGUCGCUGCCUGAGUCGCCGCGGCUCGUCUCGCUGCUCGGGUACUCCAGCUCCGGCGGCGCGGACCACCCGCUCCUCCUCGUGUUCGAGUACCUGCCGCACGGUUCGCUCCAGGCGGCGCUCUUCGGCGACGCCCGCGAUGGGAGGUUCCUGGACUGGCCGAAGCGGGUCGCCGUCAUACGCGACGUGGCGCGCGCGCUCGCGUUCCUCCACGGCGAGUGCCAGCCGCCGGUCGUGCACGGCGACCUCAAGCCCAGCAACGUCCUCCUCGACGGCGACCUCCGCGCCAAGCUCGCCGAUUUUGGCCUCGCGCGCUUCAAGACUCCCGACGCUAUCGCCGCCUCCGGCGCCGGCGCGGAUGACUUCAUGAGCCAAGAACUCGGCGAGGCUGGGGAACUCUUCUCUACCGCCUCCGCUGCCGGUGGCGGCGCCAAGCCCGACGCUAAGGACGAGUCCGGCCCGGCUGCCGCGUGGGGGAAGGAGUGGUGGUGGAAGCAGGACGGUAGCGGCGAGCUCGACUCCCGGGACUACGUCGCCGAGUGGAUCGGCAGCCAAAUCUGCCCGGCGAGGAACCCGGACUGGGCCGACGACAACGACGGCGACACCAACGAUAACAAUAAGAACUCUCCCUCCGGCACGGACGAGCACGCCGUGGCAGCCUCGCCGGAGAACAAGAAGGAAACCGACUGCAACGCCAAUGCCGACAGCGUCAGCGGGGGCAACACCGGCGACAAGAAGUCAGAGACGACCAAGAUGAGGGAGUGGUGGAAGGAAGAGUUCUUCGAGGAGAUGAGCAAGAAGGGUGGCAGCUUCGACAAGCGUCGCGGCGGCGGCGGAGGCAAGCCGUGGCUCCGGUCGAUCAGCAUGAACACGGGCAACGGCAAUGCCAACGGCGACGGCGGCAACAACGUCGAGGCGAGCGGUCUGGACGGCAGCAGCUUCAGGAGGAACCGGAAGCGGAGCCGGCGGCGCGGGCGUUCCGUGGGGAGCGACAUGAACAGCGGCGACUUCCUCAGCCGGGACCUGAGCACGACGACGAGCAUGCGCGGCACGGUCUGCUACGUCGCGCCGGAGUGCGGCGGCGGGCCGUACGAUCACGGCGUCGACCUGCUCGAGAAGGCCGACAUCUACAGCUUCGGCGUGCUCGUCCUGGUCAUCCUGUCCGGCCGGCGGCCGCUGCACAUCCUCUCGUCACCGAUGAAGCUGGAGAAGGCCAACCUGGUGAGCUGGUGCCGGCAGCUCGCGCGCGCCGGCAACUUGCUCGAGCUCAUGGACGAGAGGCUGGACGGCGGCUACGAGAAGGACCAGGCCACGCUCUGCGUGCAGCUCGCGCUCCUCUGCUUGCAGCGGCAGCCGGAGCACCGGCCGGACAGCACGGACAUUGUCAAGAUCCUCGCCGGCGAGAUGGAGCUCCCGCCCGCGCCGGUGGAUUACUCGCCGUCGCCGCGCGUCCGGCCGUUCCCGCGGUCGUCGCGUCGCGCGCAGCCGCCCGACGCCACCGAGUGAUUUGGUACCUUUGCUCUUUGAAAAAAAAAUUGAUCUUUGGGGAUCAAUUUCCAAGUUGUCAUACCCAUGCUUGUGAUCUAGGUUGAAAUUUGACAUAAUUUGUCGAAUUUGGCUAAUCUUCUAUUGUUUUUUGUACAUAGCAAUAGCAGCUAUUAUUCUUUCCCUAAUUUAGCAAUGAAUUCUUUGGGUGUCAAUCCUAACAAUUGGUCUUUAAAUCUUGCAAAAAUUUAGCAAUAGGUUUUUAGGAUUUAGUUGCUGAUUUAUUGUCGUUUUCAGCAGACUUGGCAAAGUUGUACUAGUAUUUUUGUUGAUUGUUAUGUUUGUACAUGGGAGGUCCAAAUCUAUCUUAUCAUGGAAUUCUUUGCCUGUCAAUUUAUUGAUGUAUCUUGCUUGCAAGGAUCAUUAACAUA